UUGAGACCUGCGACUAAGGGAAAGAAAGCAGUCACAAGCCAAAAAAAAGGGGACUCCAACAAUGUGUCCAGAUCCUACAGCUGAGAUAAUAAUUUCUUGAAUGGAGACGAGCACUUAUUAAGAAUGAAAUACACAGUAACAAAUUCAGUCGUACCCGGAAAAUGUACGGAAGACUCCCAUUUAUCUUGUAGGCCGACGAUUACCAUAUGCCGCUCGGAAAGUCAACAUGAGGGACGAACUGCUCUGGGAAACCGCCGAAAAGAUUGUCUUAGAGAUAAAAAAAGGAAUGGGAGGAACUGUUAUCAUAGACUAUGCUCUUACAUACACUGUAUUCCACUUUAUCAAGUGUAUGAGAAUCAAAAACCCUACAGCAUGUUUUAUUUUAGUGCCAAUAAGAGGAGGCCUAAGCUAAGAGGGAGGCAAUAAAUAACUCACUAAUCCUAACCACAGUCCUAUGUACACCAAACUCU